UUUUAAGUCUCCUCCUUUGCAGUCCCCUGCUUUUCUCAUCGAACAAGAUGCGCGUCUCCUCACUUUGCCUUAUCCUGAGUGCCGCACUCACAACCAGCGCCCAAAUCCAAAAACCAAUCUUGGAAAGCCAGAGUGAUGUAGACACAAAGAGUUUCCUUCUCAAGGAUAUUUACCUUUCGAUCGACCCUGUUACCAAGCGCACCCGGUGCUGCCCUAUCGGUUCAAGGUACGAUGGCACACAAUGUGCCCUAUACGACUGCCCAAUAGGCAAAGUCCCUAACAAUAGGGGCGGGUGCGACUAUGCAAGCCCCUGCAAGCCGGGAGAAUUUCCGGAUGAAAAUGGCAAUUGCAAGGCUCCUCCGGAUUGCUCCCACUUUGGUGGUGGCUACUGGCGCAACCCAUCCACGGGAGACUGUGAGCCGGUUCCCUAUAUCCCUGGCGAGCAACUUUGCAUUCUACCCUGCCCACCUGCAAAUGGUUUGCCAUAAAACCCUAUUCGGGAGCCUUAGCACUGAGCCUAGGAAGACCAGAAGGUCUCUGUUAAACUUGUGCUUCAAUGCCGCCCAUGAACGGAUUUUCUCAACAUCAUCUUUUCUGUUUCAUACUGUUUUGGGUCGAUGGAUUCACAGCGCUUUUUCAGAACAUGCUGGUGAUUG